UUUUUUUUUUUGGACAGGACAGAUUUUGGGUCCAAAGUUUUGUAGAUGGGUUAGUGUCCCUAUCCUUCCACUGCGGUUCCUGCCUGGUUACUGUAGGUGGCCUCUUUGGGUUCCAUGACUCUACUGUUAGGCAUCUCGGCUAAGGUCACCUGCAUUGACUCCUGGGAGCAUCCCCUAUCCCAGAUCUCUGGGACUCCCUAAAGAUUCUCCCCCAUCCCCAACCCCCGAAACAAUUUGCGUGUUAAUUAAAAAAAAUUGUCCUAGGAAAAAUCAUUGCCUUAGUUAGCUUCUCUAGAGCAGUAAGUGUGGAAGGAGAAACCAGUUAGGAAGGCAUAGAACAUCAGAGGGAAGAGGCCCUUAUGACUUGGACCAGAGAGGCAGGUGUUGAGAGUGGGUCUGUUUCUGUAAACUUUGAGGAGCUCACUAGAGGUCAAGGAAGAAUGAUAGUGGGAAUAGGCACUUGUUCACACCCCAAUUGUCUCAGAGUCAGAGGACCUCUAGAAGAGCCACCCACUGUUGGAUUGCACGGCGGUGUGCUGAGUUCCUGAGCUGCGGUCUCUCGCUAUCCUUCUCCUGUGAGUCUCUGGUGUUGGUUCUGACCUCUGGAGCCUCUGCAGGUUAAGAAGAAUCCCCUUCACAUGUCAGAUACUCCAAGGUACUGUUCAUCAGCUGGUCUUUCCUGAGGCUCACACGCCUAUUCCUCUGGCCUUUCCCCAGGGGCCUUCGUUUUGAAGUACUUUGCCAAUCUGUCAGUCACCUUCUGUCAGGCACACACUGCAUUGCUCAAUGCCCUUCUGAAAAUGGGAUGGAUUGCAGCUAGCUGUCACCUUGACAACAGGGACGAAGGCCCCAGGAGAAAAGAGAAUCCAUCUUUCAUGUUUAGAGUAACCAUUAGGAAAAUACUACAUACAUAGAAGAACGUUAAAAAUACAGACAAAAUACAAGAAAGGCCUAACUGGCUAUUAUGUUGUUAUUUUAAAUUUGGAUUAGGUUCUUAUUAAUCUUCUCUGGGUAUCUCUUAUCUUAAAAAAAUGGAUACAGAGAGAUACAUUGUUCCGACGCUUGGCUUUUUCACAUCAGUAAAAGUUCUUUGCCUUCCUUAACUAUUUUUGGAAGCAAUGUAUUUAUGCAUUUAUUUGGUUUGUAUGUUUCAUAAAUAAUGUACAGUUGUAUACACUUACAUCCUACCAGUCUUUCUCUUAAGCACAGAUUCCUGGCUUAGAAUUACUGGGUAGGGACAUUUUUUUCCUUGGCUUUGGACACAUGCAGAUGAUUGUCCCCAGGGCAGAAUUUAUGUGUUCCUCCCCUCUCUUCCUAAAAUGGAUCCAUGGCCUUGGCCAUUUCAACCUUCCCUGACCCCGCCCAGAGAAGAUAAUGAACAAGAAAAAUCCCAAAUAUCAGGAGGGUAGUAGGUACAGGCAGGGAGGGCCAUCAAUUGAAACAGCCCAUGGCUUCCAGCGCUCGCUGGCUCGCCUGUAUGCCAAGUGCUGGCUCAGAGUUUCCUGUAUUUCUAUCUAGUGCCUCACCUAAGAAUGCUACAUCUCAUAUGCCAGGGCAGAAAAUGAUCGGGCUCCUGGUGAAAUGGCUUGCUAGAGGCCACACAGUUGGAGUGAAGAUCAUUUUGGUAUAAGUAAAAAAAGGGUGACUGGAGAUAGCUUUAAUUCUAUACAAGUGCAAAAACCUCUCCCUUCAGAUGCAACACAUCUACCAAACGCUGCACACAUCGCUGGCGCUGUCACUCGGUCACAUGUCCCACCUUCUCUACAAGCUCAAGGAAUAGACUAUUGUCAACCUCCGAAGCAAAGCUGUAGGCCUCUGGCCUCCUCCACCGGAGUGAAACCGUGCUCAUUGCUAACACUUGCUGUCAUGCUUGCCUGGGUUUGAGCCUCACUGAGUAAAGUGUAGUGUGAAUAUUUGCUUAUUAGCUUUUUCCCUUUUCCCCAACAGUUUGAGUCUGAGAUUUGCGGCGUGUCAUGGUGAUCUGUACAUUGCCCCCGUUGUAGAACAUUCAUACUGCAUGACUAGACCACAGUCAGCAUUUGCUGUUGGCAGGCGUUUCUGUCAUUUCUGGUUCGGGGCAACUAUGAAUAGUGCAGUUGGGAACAGUCUUGUAUGACAAAAAUAGACACACAUGUGCUUUGGGGUCAGGGAUAGUGUUAUGUAAUUGCUUCUCCCCGUCUGAGACAUUUCCUUAAAAACAAAAGCUGUUCGGUGCGCGAGACAGCAAGAGAGCACGCACUCCUGGCUCUUUACUUGUGCGCAUGUGCCCUCCUGGAGGGGAAGGGCAGCCAACGAGAAGACAUUCCUCCUGGAGAAUAUAUGGCUGCCGCCUCUUGGAGGCAUGCUUGCUCCAGCAAAUGGGACAUUAACUCUGCUGCUGGCAGCAGAACACAGGAGUGGCUGUGGGCGGAAGAGUGUUUCUGUGAUUUAAUUAUGAAUCUCAGGGAAGCAUAUUAUGAUCCUCUCCAACCUGCUGCGCCGGAUGGCAGGACGCCACAGGCACGUCUAUCAGGUGUUCCAAACGUGCCAGAGAGAAAAGAGUGAAGGACCCUGUGACAACCUCUAUAUAUCUCUACACAGAGAGUCCUCACCGGAGAUUUGGGUCCUGAAUCUAGUCAGUCCCCUAAGUCAUUAACACAUAUGGUUGGGAGAUCACAAGGGCAUAAGGCAAAGUUGGGGCAAGGGAGACACAUGUCCUACCCGGAUCAGUGUCAUUCAUAUCUGAUCUGGUUUCAUUGUUAACAGCACCUCCUUUAUCUAUAGGGAUGUCCCACUUCAUUAAUAAAUGUUAUGCUCAUCGACUUAGACACAGUGAUUAACGUUCUGUUGCUUAUGGGCGCUGCGACUUUGGGCAAGCCCCUGCAGCUCUCUGAGCUUCACUGCACAGACUGCAAUGGGGUUGCAAAGAUGAACCGAGGCAGUGCGUGGUAGACCUUCAGCCCUGCCACAGGACAAGGACUCAAUUGUUUAUAUCUCAUUGUAGUCGCUUGAAGCUAGAUUUUUCCAUGAGGAGUGAGGGUGAAAUGUGACUGCGGGAACUGUAGGGGUUGGAGCUCUGUCGUUCUUCUUCUUCCCGCCAAAAGAGUUUGUUUUCCUUCAUUCCAGGGUACUGUGCGUAUGUCAAUCAGUUUUCUCUCAAGGCUACUGUGUGGACGCAGAAGCUAGUAGCAUCUGGAUGUAAGAGUACUAUCAUCCUGUACUGUAUAGGGAGUGAUUAUGAAAUCCUGAGAUAAUAAUCUAAAUCAAUGGGGUGACCAUACAAUCUUGGUGUUGCUCUGUGUAAAAAUGGUAGUGUUCAAGACAACCAUUGACUCAAGGUUGUCUCAGUUUCGACCCCAAAUUACAUCCGAGUAAGGGGUCACUUAGGCAAAGGUCCAGAGACAGUAGCAAGGUACACUGGAUAGCCUUCUAAAUGGAAUACUGCUCUGCAGCCAACAGUGAAGAUGCUUGAAAACUUCUUGUGUGUAAACACGGAUACACUCUAGUCAGACAUCAGAUGAAAAAGCAAGUUACAGUAGAAUGCCUACUGUAUACUUAUGCAGAGUUGAAAUUUUCAUUAUUUUUAAAUCGGUGUGCGUUUGUGAGCACUUGUGCAUGCAUGCCCAAAAAGGGCAAUAAAUAAAUAAAAUAAAAUAUAAUAAAAUAAAAUAAAAUAAAAUAAAAUAAAAUAAAAUCAGAUCCUCUGGAGCUGGAGAUACAGGCAAAUCAUGAGCCAUCUGAUAUAGGUAUUUGUUGGGGACUGAACUUGGGUCCUCUGGAAGAGCAGCAAGCACUCUUAGCUGCUGAGCCAUCUAGUUAGUUCCCAAAAUACUCAUUUUAUUUUUAAUUCUUUGUAUGUAUACAUGUAUGUGCAUAUGUAUGUGUGAGUGUGUGCAAGUAUGUGAAGGUGCCUGUGGUGGCCAGUAGAGGGCAUAUGAUGACCCUGGAACUGGAAUUUAUGGCAGUUAUGAGCCGGGGGAGUGGGGACAAAAGUCAGGUCCUCUGCAAGAACAGUGUAUCUCUCCUGCCCCACAUUUACAUAGAAUUUAAUAAAGCCAACCUAAAUGAUUUCUUCUUUAGGGAUACAUACAUGUAUGGGGGGGGAAGGUGUAAAGAAAAAGAAAGGAGAGGUUAAUUUAGAAUUCUUAGGCAGUGGGAAGGGCUGGAGGCAUGGGAAGAAGGGAAGUGUGGCCAGAGGGGCAGAUUCUAGUCUCUCUCUCUCUCUCUCUCUCUCUCUCUCUCUCUCUCUCUCUCUCUCUCUCUCUGAUCUCAGGGUGAGGAUUUUUUCCUUUUUACAUAAAAAUGGAUACAAAUUAUAGAUAUCCUUUGGAUUCUUUUGAAGAUUUAACAGGGAAAAUGUACGGAAAAUAAAACAUGUAUUAUGAUAUUACAAUGUAUCAAACUUUAUUCUUAUUACGCAUGUGUGCUUUGGAGGUGACUCAUUGACUAAGCUGAGGAAGGUAGCCAGAGCUCUGAAGUGAAGUGCCAAGGAGGUGAUUUUCUGGUUGGCAGCGUUAACUCUUUAAUAUGCUGGUUGUGACAAGUGGCUGCCUGGUUCUCUGCCUGCUGCUAGAAUUGACACUGCCCUGGCAAGCAUGCCAGGCAUUCACUGAGCAAACAUUUUCCUCAGACCUGAGGACACAGUCUGUCUUGUCUCUCAAAUGCUGCAUCUCAGUGUCACCUGCAUUUCACAGCUAAGGGGAAAUGGAGACCUGCUGUUAAGACAUCCAGGUUAACAGAGUCUGCUCACAGAUUCUCACAUCCCAGGCUGGGUCUCGCUGCCAUUGUUGCGAGCCAGUUCCCUGAAGUGCUGCCUUCAGUCUGCCCUGCCAAGGUGGAAGCAGAGGCUUGGCCCUUCCAGUCUUACAGAAGGCAGCUUCCUUUUUGUCAGCCUCCACCUUCUUCAGUAGCUUCAAGCUCCUGUGGUGUAGUUCCCAUGAUGCUUCCUCCCCCACUGACCCUGUAGGACUCUUCAGACCUUGGGCACUGUUGCUCAGGAACUGUCUGUUUUCUACGAGACUGGUUUGUGUCUAGUUUUCUGGAUGUCUUUGACCUGACUGGUGGAUGUGAGGGAGCAGAGGUGUAUAGCCCCUGGUCUUUUAUGGAUACUGCUUCAGUUGAAGUCAGCCUUAGUAUUAAGGAAAAAAAAUUGCACAUGUAUAAAGCAAAAGAGAAGAGGACCAUUGUAGAUAGUGUCCCUGUGUCCCAUCAGGAAGACCUACUGUAGGCAGUGGGCAGCCUCCAGGUACAACACAGCUUUGGUGGCUUGUCACCUCCCUGAGGUCCGUCUCUUACUGUCCCUGGAGAUGGUGCUUCCAAGGCAGGUGGUCAUUUUACCAAGUCCAACCUUUUCUGUCCUUGCUAAUGAAGCCAGACAGGGAUCCCUUAGACUCCUGGAGGAUCAACCUUGCUCUAGCCCUAGGGGCAGACACAUGAGUGCCUGACUGUUCCGAAAACGGGAAGGGAAGUCUGCUAAGGGAUUCUGGGAGGAGAAUUUCAUCCUUGUGCGAGAGGAAACACAGGAAGGACUUUCAGUCUAUGCUGCUCCUUCCUUUGAGUGCAGUGGGGCUCACAUUCAGUGCUUGGGGCUGCUGCCACCAUUCCAUAAUAGUGAGGCAUGGGACAAAAAGAAUUGCUGAUGCUGGUCCACCCACAUCUCACCAUCAUUGACCACCCCCAGACCCCCAGCAUCUCUGAAACAGUUCAUUUGAGAAUUCAUGUUGUGCAAAAGAGAGAUAUUCUUACUUACAGACUCCCGUGCAUGCUGUAUGCGGUUAGCUACAUUUUAUGUUAUUUGCAACUGUAACAACAAAACGACCAGGAGAGCCUAAUGCCCUGGUCUGGCCUCUGCCGGUAUCUACACUCACAUGCACACAACUCCUGACACACAUGAUUUUUUUUUUUAAUUCUUUUUUUCAGAGCUGGGGACCGAACCCAGAGCCUUGCGCUUGCUAGGCAAGUGCUCUACCACUGAGCUAAAUCCCCAGCCCCGACACACAUGAUUUUUAAAAAGUCUUUAAGACCCCAGAACUAUGUAGAUGUGGUGAAGCAGUUGUCUGUCUUGUCUAUGGUUUGAUAUCACCCCUGAGCUUUUCUGGGGCAGCUCAGAUGUGGGUGAUGGGAAAGGGUGAUGAAGGCUUUGGCCUGACUCUUCAGGAUACUGUAUCACUUCAAGAAGCAGUACAAGGAAGGGUAGCGUGCCUGAUUAGGGGGUAGCAGGAGUAGAAAGAAGACGGCAGAGUCACCUUACCGUUUGAGUUUAUUCAGUUUUUGACUUCUUCUCUUGCAGUGGGCUUGGUUAUUGUGGUUCCCACAUAUUGAAUGGAUUCAACAUGCAUGACUUAAGAACACUAUUAGUACUUAUUUUUACCUUUGAAACCUUUGAUGGCCAUCCCUUUGACCUGGAGCCAAGGGAAUCGUGCUUUUUGACACACCAACAUUUCUGUAGAGUUAUAAUGAGAGUUAUAAUCUGUAUUCUCAGUCCCCGGUCACCUUUCAAUCCAGUCACUGUCAUUAAGCUACGUUUGCACUUAGUGUGCUGGGAGUUGCCCCAAAUGAGUACAUUACCGUCAAAGCAUGUGAGGCCAGCAAUUUGCAUAAUCACUGCUGCCAGGAUAGCUCCUCAGGAUUGGCAUCUGCCACCCUCCCCCUCCGGUGGCCUUGUUUUGGAUUCUGCUCAUGCAGAGUGCCAGUUACUGGUUUUCAUAGUUUCUAAGCCCUGGCGAGGGUUGUCUAGUCACUGCCGAUGCUUUUACCUCAUGGCAGUGUUUGUGUUAAGCACCCGGAUGAUGAGUCUACAUGUUCCAGAGGGGAAAGGAUAGCGUCCCUAGUUGGUGCUUCUAACCAGCGACAGUUCUGGCUGUCCCCUUGGCUGAGUGACAGCUGCUCUUGUUUAGCCCCAGUGCUCUCUAGUACCAGAAGAGAGAGGUGGAGGUGGAAAAUGUGUUUGGUCUCUGCUGAGAUUCCACUCAGGCAGGCGAAGAGGGAGCUAGAGUGAGAAGAUAGGCCGGAGCAGGUGCAGUGGUUGGAUAUGAGUCCAAUGUUGGAUCUGUGGACCAUUGAGGAGGAGCAAAAUCACCAGAGGCAAAGCUAUGGACGUUGACCUAUAGCUGUGGAACAGCAAUGUCCUUCAGAACUGAGGUGGGCGGCAGGACUGGCAACCCUCGAGUCUUGGCUGGGCCGUACAGGAACCCACAGUGGGGGCAUGGGUUUGGAGAAGAAAGCAGGGGGAUUCAAAACAAAAGGGAGCACAGUGGGGGCAUGGGUUUGGAGAAGAAAGCAGGGGGAUUCAAAACAAAAGGGAGCACGCCGUGGAAGAGCCACUUGGUAAGCGUCCUGAGCAUAUCUUGGAAGAGGGCAGCCAGAGCUGCCCCUCGACUGCCUGGCACACGGCAGGAGCUUAAUAUUUAUCAGAAGCAGUCAAGUGAGUGCAUCAGCAAGUGCAGGAGUCCUCCCUAUGCGCAAAGGAAGGAGGCCCCCCUCCCUCCACGAGAACCUUCCAGUGUUUCACUGUAUCAAAACAUGAAACAGUGGUAGAAAGGGAAACUGUGUCCUUGUAGAGAGAAGACUACAAGUCAAAUGUCCUUUAAAUAUAACUGGAGGGGCACUGGGUCCCCUGGAGCGUUCUCCUUUGCACUGUACCUUGUGAAAUGGUUGCUGCAGGAGACAGAUCAACUGUUUUUGCAGAGGCAGCAUCUUUCCUGUCCCAAGGGGCCAUGCAUGGGCUGCAGGAAGUCUUAGUGAUGGAGAACCAGGAGAUGCAUGGGCUGGAAGUCUUGGUGAUGGAGAAUCAGGAGAAUGUCCUGAGUUCCCUGAUGAGUGGAAAACGCUAGGCAGCCCUGUCUAGCCACAGGCUCUGUGUCAGGGUGACAGGCUGUUUGAACUUUGAAGCAAGCUGUCUCCUGGAGGCAGCGUGGCACCACGGGGGCUGCACAGCUGAGUCAGGCGUUGUUUCUUCCACAAUGGCCAUGAUUUUUUUCCCCUAUGGUCUUGAAUACCAGAUCAGCCCAGGAAAAGCCGUGCGUGCCUCAGAGCUUUGAGCAAUGGCUGUUCUGAUGAGCUUGCUUUGGGGGAGCUGGGCCAGAUGUGAUUUAAGGCGCUGUCAUGGCUCGGAGUGACAAAACUAGCUUUCCCCCAUUCCUCCUCAAGAAGGAUGCAAAGUGACUUUUAAAAUGUAUAAUGUCAACGCUAAGGAACAGGUUUAUGAUAAUGGUACUAAGGUCUAGAAAUUAAACAUCUGGACCAAGGAAAGGAGAAGAGAGACAGAAUACUACAAACGAAGAGAUGAAAUAGUGCCGGUGAACCCUUCAGAAUGAUUUUAUGUGGAACGUCCUGGAAGCCAUAGGGAAAGGAGAAAGAUGGGAAGUACCAGUUUCUUGGAGUCUUAGUCAGGGUUUUACUGCUGUGAACAGACACCAGGACCAAGGCAAGUCUCAUGAGAACAACAUUUGAUUGGGGCUGGCUUACAGGUUCAGAGGUUCAGUCCAUUAUCAUAAGGUGAGAACAUGGCAGCAUCCAGGCAGGCAUGGUGCAGGAGGAGCUAAGAGUUCAAAUCCUCAUCUGAAGGCUACUAGCAGGGCUUCCAGGCAGCUAAGAGGAGGGUCUUAAAGCCCACACCCACAGUGCCACGCCUACUCCAACAAGGCUACACCACACCCACUCCAACAAGGCCACACCCACUCCAACAGGGCCACGCUCAUAUCCACAAGGCCUUGCCCACUUCACAGGGCCACGCCCACUUCAACAGGGCCCUGCCUACACCAACAAGGCCUUGCCCACUUCAGCGAGACCACGCCCACCUCAUAGGGCCACGCCCACUCCAACAAGGGCACCUCCACUCUAACGGGGCCACACCCAGUCCGACAGGGCCACUUCCUGGCCUAAGCACGUACAAACCAUCACAUGUGGAGAAAGAAACACUUCUGAAAGAUUACUCUCUUGACUCUGAGUUAUUCUGGAGUUGAUGGUUCAGUUCAAGCUUUUCAUUUUGCUAAUUCGCUCUCCCGUCUCCAUAACUUUUACAGCCACUCCUCCCCAUCAUGGUUCCCAAGCUGCCAGCGAGCUCCUUAUUUGUGCUAUCAGGAGGUAUGGAGAAGGAAAAGGGCAUCCUCUAAGUCAUGGUUAAAGUCACUCAUGGCAUGGCACCGUGGCUAAGUCCUUGCUGUCUGAUGUUUAAGACAAAAAUCUGUAUUCCCCAAGAGCGCAGAAUAGAGAAUUAUUCAUGUUUUUAAGUCCCCGUGGCUGUGUAAAUCCUAAGUUGCCAUCAGCACCCUUGGGAUUAGAGCCCCAGCCAGGAGCAUGACUUACCUCUAAAAAGCUUGUCACCCCCAAGCCUGGAGGAGUCAUCCAGGGAGCCUUGCAAAACCUCACACUGCCAGGCCUGUCCCUGUCCUCCAGGUCCCCUCCUACACUUUCCAGAGUCUGUACCUCACUGGCUGCAGUAGAGCCUCAGACAGUAGGUUUGUAAUGCAUUUUGUAAUGGCUGAUACUCGGAGAUCAACCUUCCCAUGAGGAUCCUAGUAACCAGCGAGGCUGUGGGCCCUCUGUCCAUCCACCUGCAGAGAGACCCCGUAGUCCCUGGUCAGUGCUGACACUCACGGUCAGCUGUCCCUGUGUAGUCAGCCCGAAACUUGAAGAUAAUCUCUCUCGAAGAGGACAGAGAUUUCUGAUCAGAUUAUAAACAGCUCAGGCCUGGUGAGUAGAGCCAGCCAGUGCCUUAGGAGAGGGUAGCUGCCAGGCCUGCUUGGUUUUGGCCUGCCCUGCCUGCCAGGUGCCUUUCCUUACAGCAAUAGCGCCAUGAGGGUUGUGCACGUGACCUUUGCGUCCACGUGAAAAAGCUUUAGCAGUUCUCAAUGGCAUGAGUAAGAUAGGCUCAGUGAUGUAGAGACACACAGCCCGGCAAGCGAUGGGUUAGAUCUGACAACAUUUGAAGAACAGCAUCAAAUGUUAUACACACGCAUGCACGCACGCAUGCAUGCACGCACACUUCCUCGUGAAAUGCUAUAUCACCAUGAAAAGCCUCGAUUCUCAUUUGUUAUUCGAUCAACUCCUGCUUGGUCCUAGGUUCAUGGAAGAAUAGCUGCUGGGGUGUCCUUUCUGGCAUGAAGUCUUUCUGCAAAGGCUAUAUGGACAUUGGGGGACAAGUGGUCCAUUGUGGAAUGGCUGCUUGGUUAGACCUUGGUCAUGACCAGAGCCACAGAUGGCAGGGUCCACGACUGGAGGAGGAAUGGUGGGCUUUAAGCUUCCUGGACCAGCGCUGGAGCGUUUGGCCCUCUCUUGGCUGUCUGUUGACUUUCAUAGAUGAAAGAAAUGCACUUUAUAAUGUUUAGCUUACUAUUCUGGUUCUCCAUUACAGCCAAAUAUGAUCCUUAUAUGUUUGUAUCAAAGAGACUACAUCAACAGUUUAUAUGCCUAAGAUAUUAUCAUUUCAUUGGACAUGAAUAUUUCAUAGUUAGGCUGGAAGCUGACCGAAAGCCAAAGUGUCCCUGGGUUCUUGCCUUACUGUGUCUCUCAGCUCUUAUAAUAGUUGCGUUUAUCAAGCACUCUGUGUAUGUUCAUCUCAUUGGAUCCCUUCUGAGGAGUUACAACUGCUACCCCAUCCUACAGAUGGGAAAACUGAGUCUGAAAAGGACACGGUGGCGGGACAGAGCCCUGGCCAUUUCUCCCAGGUUUACUCGGGUAGUCAAGCUGUCUCCUGUGUUUGCUGUUCUCAGGAGUGUCAGCCUUUUCCUUGGCUUCUAGUGACUUCUGUGUAGCCUGAGUCUUCUCCCCUCAAGCACACCUUCCUUGGUUCCUUCACACCAUCCCAUAAUCCUGUCGCUUUAACAGUACCUCGUGUGUCUUCUGUGACAUCAUAUCUUAUCCACACCUAUCCCACAGUCCCUGGAGUAGACACCAAAGUCCUUGGAAGAGAAAGUUUUGUUCUUGUAUUUUUGACCUCUAGAGAUAGAUACAUAGCAGUGUUGUGUCCCCAGGGCCUGUGUGGGGCCUGGCUCACAGUAGGUGCUGACUAUCUAUUUUAAGCUGAACAAUAAACAAUGCCCCUGCCACCCUGUUUGUGAAGCAAAGUCAUUAAGUAUUUAGACAGAAAGGCAUAGAGGAAAAGGAUAGUACACCCAUCCAAGAUGUGCGUGCAGGCUUCUUGAGAGAGUCACGUUUAUUCAAGUGUGUGUGUGUGUGUGUGUGUGUGUGUGUGUGUGUGUGUGUGUUCAUUCACAAUGUUAUGCAAUGUUUGACCACACCCCCUCAGCCUGUUAGCCUCCUCCUAUCCUGUUGAACCAUUUCCUAACAAGUCGUCCCCCUCUCUGUUCUCAUUCGUGUUCUGUGUGUGUGACCCAGUGCGUUAAUUAGGACGGCUUGCAGGACUGGACCAUGGGAUGAGUUACUUGAGCGAAACCAACUUCCCAGUGACUACACCACUGAGGGACACACACACACACACACACACACACACACACACACACACUGCCCUCAGCAACCACUGACUGCCAAUAGCCCUGGGCCCUGGGGGAAUGCUGGCUGCCCCCGACCUUGCACAGGUCUUAUGCAGACAGCUGCUGCUGUUGUAAGUUCAUGGGAUCAAAGGCCCAGUUGUGUCCGGAAGAUAGUGUUUCACACUCUUCCCCAUCCUCCUGACCUUGCGCUCCUUCUCCCCCUCUUCCAUGAUGUUCCUUGACCCUUGAGGGAGGUGAAGGAGAUGUCCCCUUUAGGGCUGGGAGAGUUCUUCCCAUCACCUUGAUGUUUUAUGACAUUGGAUGGUUUUGCCUUCACAGCAGCCAGCUCCUACACUAUUGGAAUUUCGUUUGCCUAAGUCAGUCUAGCCAACCCCGCCACUAGCAUUUGCUCUUGUCCUGGUACUCCGCGUGCCAGAUGUGGGCACAGUCUCCCGAGCCUUGGUUUGGUAGAUCAUUAUUUUUUUUCUUGAGACAUACGUGGUAUCUCUUCUUUGCUCUCAGCAGGAUGGCUUAGCUUGCUAAUGAUCUCACAGUGUGAAUAGACUUGUUACCAUUAAGCCGUGGUGAUCUUUUACAUGCAGCCCUGCGGCAGGGAGCAGGGGGAGGGUGGGAGAGGGGGGAGAAAGUUGUAAGUAAUCAUAUGCAUGGAUUCAUUGAGAAAAAAAAAACGAGACUCUGGUCCAAAAGUGUAUAAUUGUCCCUUCUGUAUUUAACAAGGGAAUAAGAGGUCAUGGAUUUGCAGAUUUGAGAGAGAGGCUGCUGUGUUGAGGGGUGAAGUGCUGGGGCCUGGAGCAUCCCCAGCAGUGGUCAGAACGACUGCAUGGCUGGUGUAGAGCCCCAUUCAAACAGGACUCAGCCAGGUUAGGAUGACUCCUCUUCCUGGGACAGAAAUGUCCAGGUCUUGAAAUUCCUCCAGGGCACAGGGUCCCUAAGUCAGGCCCCUUCGAGUCCCAGCACCAAGCACAGCACCUUGCCUAGACAGGCCCUCUACAUCAGUAGUGGCCAUGGAAGGAAUUCAUGCUCACACACCCCCCACCCCCACCCCUGAGCUGCCAUGUUCUCACUGUUCAAACAUUUUACUCUUUUAGCAUUCGGCCCAUUCUAUUUAGUUGUACAGGAGUUGACAGGAAGCGGCAAACUGAUAAACUGAACCCCAGGACAGGCUCUAAGUGUCCUUCGUCUUUCCGGUUUUGUUUAUUUUAUUAUUUAUUUAUUUAUACCACUUUUUAACUAUUUUGAGGGUAUGGUGCUGGGACCUUAGUUACAUUCACAGUGCUGUGCAAAGCCACGCCCUAAUAAUCCAUAUAUGUUCACCUCAAAUUGAAAUUCCCAGCCUGUUAGACAGUAACUCCCUAUUCCCUCUACCUCCGGCUCCCAGGAACCCAGUGCUCCUCUCCCUGAGUCUGAGUGGCUAAGUGCCCGACUGUAAUUGGGCAGCUACGGUAUGUGUCCUUUCCUCUUGUUUCACUGAGCACAAUUAUUCAAGAGUCAUCCCUGUCAACUGUCCAUCGUUUUAAAGGCUAAUAAUGCUGUUUCUGUACUCACCACAUUCUGUCUUGGACACUUGACUUGAGGUUUCCGGAGCAAAUGUAAUGUCUUCUGUUCCCCCUCCCUGUGCGAUGUGGACCAAGCAGUGCUCUUAACAUCGUUAGUGUCCUCAAAUUUUAAAACCAUAUCUUAGGGCCAAAAAAGUGAAAAUUCAACUCUUAAAGAGGAGUAGAUAUUUGGAAAUCGUGUAUACGGAUUUAUGACUUGUAACCAGAGUACAAAAGGAUUCUUACAAGUAACCACACAGCAAAAGUUCAUCCAGUUUAAAAUGGGCAAGGGGCCUCAGAAGAAAACACACAGAUAACCAACACAGAUAACUGGGGGGAGAAUCUCACUAUUCGUAGUCGUUGUGAGUGUGCAAAUCGGAUUCACACUUCACAGGCAUGAGGAUGGGUGGUUGAGUUGGCACAGUAACAGGUGUUGAGGAAAGAAACCUUCACACAAGCAGUGGAGGAGAGACCGACCGCACACAACCAUAGAAGACAGCUCAGGCCUCCCCUCAGAAUGCUAACCACGAAGUUUCAUCCCUGUCUUAUAUACCAAAGAGAAAGAAGACACGGCUGCACAGGAAGCCUGUUCACUAGUGUCCACAGCAACGUUACUAAUGGCCAGAAAAAGUGGAAACAACCGUGAUUUCCUUUGACCAGUAACAAAACCCACAAAAUGUGGUCUGCUUGAUAAUGAAAUUUUAUCUAGCAACAACACAAAAUGGGGGUUUAUUAAGGCCUCUUCUAACAUGACCCCCAAAAUCACGCUAAGUGAAAGGAACCAACCACAAAAAGCCAGCGUCAUAUGACUCAGUUCCUACAGAAUGCCCGGAAUGGGCCAAUCCCAAGACAGAAGUAGAGCAAUGGUUACCAAGGAGACAUAGGGGGUGGUCCAUAUGGCAAAACUAGGAGUGGCCACUAAGGUAGGGAUUUGCUUAGGACAGUAAAAAUGUUCUAAAUUUAGAUUAUGUGAAAAAACAAUGAGUUAUAUUUUAAGUACGUUAACUUGAUGGUAUGUAAUUUACAGCCCAAUAAAGCUGCUUGAAAAUUUAUUUGGCAGCCAAAUCCCAGCAUUCCACGGGGUGAGGAUGUCUUGGCAGAACUUUCACCUAAUAUCAAGUAGAACUCUGAGAGGAAAUGAAGGAAUUUCACAUAGAUGCUAUAGGGAGAGAAGGGAAAUUUGAAUGUGCUGUUUCCCGUGCAUGUAAGAAUUGAAGUUUGGCGAUCUCCAUCAGUUUCCUAAAAGUGCAGCAUGUCUUUUUUUCACGGGUGACAAACCGGUGGGAGCAAUUAAUUAAUGGACAGAGUUAAUAGAAUUGCACCCACACACAGAGCACUUCAACAGCCUUAAGGAUGGCUGUGGUCUGUUUCCUCCUUGGGUUCUUUCUUUCUCUGUGGGUGAGGCCCUGAGCACCCAGGUUGUUGUCUAGGGCACCGUCCAGAGUCAUCAUCCCCUUUAUGUAGGACUCCCUUCUUCCUUAGCGGUUGUUAGGUCCCUGCUGCUCACUUGUCCUUGGAAAACCAACAGUCUCUCUUCUGACUGCCCAGUAAGUCCACCUCAGGCUUAGUGAUGGAUGGUGAAGACUAAUUGAGGGCUAAUUGGGAUACAGCUUGAUGGUAGAGAAAUUGCCUUUUAUGUGUGUGAUCCUAGGAGUCAGCCUCCACCAACACAUGCACACACACACGCAUGCACACACAUACACACACAUGCACACAUAUGCACACGCACACACGCACACGCACGCACGCGCACUCACACACACAUGUACACACAUGCACACACACAUACACACAUGCACACACACAUACACACAUGCACACAUACAUACAUGCACACACACACAUGCACACACACAUGCACACACAUGCAUUCACUUGAUAGAGAUUUGCUUAUGCUUAUUAAUCUCUCAAAAGGCUUUUGCCUAUCACAUGAAUUUAAAUCUGUGGUCAGUUACUGGUCUGUUGCACAUGGCUACCUGCUGACUGGAUCCUUUCCUUGCGGCUCUUCCCACUGCCUGUAUGGCUCCUCCUCCUACGAGAUCCAUAGACUCGGUACCUGUCUCACUCUCCUUACCAGACUGUGGACUCCUGCAAGGACCAAGGCAAGCCUUCCAUGCCGCAGCUACUAGUCCAAGCAGGUACAGGGCCAUUCACUGGGUUCUGUGUGGACGGCAUGUCACACAGCAGCCAGAAAGAAGUGGCUUCUCCAUGGUAGUGUUUUUCCUCAGCUAAUGUCUGCUAAAGGAACAGCCUAGAGCCAGCAUCCUGCUAUCCUGCUGGGGGACGCACAAUGGCCUCCCAUUUGAUUGACUAUGACCCAGGUUUACAAGCCAGCAAGCGUGGCAUUAAAUCACACAGAUUAAGCUUAAAAAAAAAUGGAUGUAAUGUUUGGCUUUCCUUCCUUAGAGUUGGUGAAUAAUAUUUGUGGUUCCAAAACCCUGUGAAGGCGCCUCUGGAAUGUGCGCUCUAGACGUCUUGGUUUUUCUUGGCAGGGCGGAUCAAAGCCAUCAGUCAUGUCAGGGAGUUGGGCCACCAGGAAGACAGAUCGGCUGCAGAGCCAUGCAUGGACUCGGAUCAGUUGAUUUAAAAAUGUAUUACUUCCUAAUUCUAAUAGCAAUUCUGCCUAUUUAUGAAGUGCAGAGCGACAUUUCAAUAGCGUCAUACGGUGUGUGGUGAUGGAUGGGGCCAUUUGCAUACCCGUCACCCCAAACCUGCAUCACUCUCUCUGUGCCUCUCUAUCCCAUACCCUCCACUUUUAAUCACUAUUCUAUACCUUCAAAUAUAUACGUAUAUAAUAUAUUUUAAUGAAUAUAUUAUAUAAUUAUAUAUAUAAAUGUAUAUAUUAGUAUAUAUAUAUAUAUGCAUAAACUUUUUUGCCUUCCGGAUGUUGGUGAGAAGGCACAGUGUUUGUCUUUCCGUGCACAACUUACUCUUUUAAUCUACUAUCCUCUAUUGCAUGCUACUGAGAUUGAUGGACAGGAUUUUAUUUUUUUCAUGCCUAGAUGGUUUUCCACUCUGUAUAUAUCCCACCAUACUGGCUGGUUUUGUGUGUCAACUUGACAUAAGCUGGAGUUAUCACAGAGAAAGGAGCCUCCAUUGAGGAUACGCCUCCAUGAGACCCAGCUGUAAGACAUUUUCUCAAUUGGUGAUCAAGGAGGGAGGAUCCAGCCCAUUGUGGGUGGUGCUGUCCCUGGGCUGGUAGUCUUGGGUUCUAUAAGAAAGCAAGCUGAGCAAGCCAGGGGAAGCAAGACAGUAAGUAACAUCCCUCCAUGGCCUCUGCAUCAGCUCCUGCUUCCUGUCCUGUGUGAGUUCCAGUCCUGACUUCCUUUGGUGAUGAGCGGCAAUGUGGAAGUGUAAGCUGAAUAAACCCUUUCCUCCCCAACUUGCUUCUUGGUCAUGAUGUUUGUGCAGGAAUACAGGCCCUGACUAAGACACCCACCUAUUUUCUUUGUCACUCCUCUGCUGAUGAACCCCUCGGGUUGAUCUUUUGUCUUUGCAGUUGUGGGCAGCACUGCAAUAAAUGUGGGAACACAGCCAGACUCUCAAACCAAAGGGCUCGCUCAGCCCCAUCUCGCUGUGUAACAGAAUCAGCUCUCUCUUUACCACUGAGAGUGUUAAGCACUUCCUACAUUUCUGUGUGUUUCUCACCGAACUCCGAACUCGUGCGGAACGGUCAUUUGUGACUGCGUGGAUGACAAAAGCUUAAUCACCAUAGCAGCAAGCCUGAGCUCCAGAAGGGCACGUGAGGAUGUGUUGUGACUAUUGUUUCUCAAUGCUGUGGCCAUAUGUCCUGGGGGGCAAGAAGCCCAAGACUUUACUGUGUGUACCAGCCUCUCAGGCACAGCGCUGGUGGUCCUCAUCCUCUGCUUCUGUGUGUCCAUCCUCUUUGUGGCGGAGGCACCUGAAAGGCAGGCUUUGAGGGAGACAGGCUUUGAGGACUGGAUUGGCUUUGACUUUGGUGUGCCUGAGCUAUGAGUGUCCUGUCCUAAGGGACACUUGGCUACUUAGGAGAAGGGAGACUGCUGUUGUCUUAAUUAUGGGUGUUUCAUAAUCUCAGAGUUUUGCUUCUUUUCAGAAUGACAAAACUCGCACUAUCUCACUUAUUAAAAAAAAUCAUGGAGUCUCUAGUAGCAAGAAACCCUUCCGUGGCCACUGGACACUUGGAACCUCAGUUGAGCCUCUUAUUAAGUAGUCACCGUGCUCGCCUGACUCUCAGAGUUACGCUGAAGAUUAGAUGUGGACAGAGCACACAUCUGUAAAUCUGUGUCUCUUCCGCUGCACACUGAUGACUCUGGCUCAGGCUUAGCGCAGGGCUGAGCAUCUCGUGGGAUCACAUAGGCAGAGCACUUGGUUAGGGGUGGGGCCAAAGCCAACAGCAUGCACCUGCCUCCAACUUUAACCCUCCUUCCCGCCAAGCCACUCAUGGCUGACACCACACACGGUGGAGCAUUCCAUCGCUGUGUUCUGACCUCUCUGGCCCCGCUGGUGUUGGAGACUCCUCCGCUGACUCUGAUUGAGCCUGUCCCCUUUCCUCUCUAGUCAGGAGUCUCUCAUUUCUGCCCUCUAACUUCAUCCAGGACUAGUGGCAAGCGUCUUCUUCUGUAGCUUCCUGCCUGGUCCCUUCCCUCUUGGAACUCAUGCUUAUCUUCCAUGCUCAUGCAGCUUCUGGUCCCAUGGGAUUAGGUCCCCCAGGUUUAGCACGGGGCUGCACAUACAAUGAUUGACAUCCGACCCUCAGGAACUGAGCUAUAGCUUACACAAGCCAGUCAACCUGGACCACCUUCUUGCAAGCGAUUGUCUCCCAACGGGAAAGUGGAUACAGCUGUUUACAGCAGAGAGUUUCGCUGUGUUGAAUAUAGCAGGUCCUUUCCACAUAGUAUGUCUUUCCUUAAGCAUAAUGUCCAAAGGAUACUAGAUACGGCUCUUCACCUGUGAUAGGAAAGGACUCUAAGACAGGUGAUAAACCACUUGUCCCAAAGUCGCUUGAGGUCAUAGCAGGCUCCUCUUUGUCCUCUAAACCCAUGUUGCUUCCCGGUGACUAACGGAGAAGAAGGAAGGGAAGGGAAGCCUGAAGACCCACAGAAAAUGCCCUUCGGAUGAAGGAGGUCUGAAAGACUCAAUCGUAAAUGAACAAGGUGCGUCCUGAGGCAGCGGUUGCUCCCAGUGUGGGAAUAGUCACAGCAAGCAGCCUGAGCGACGCUGUAAAUGACAGCCUCAGAUGACUAGCCUGCGUUCUGCUGGCAAUCAAAAGGAGGCAAAGGAACCCAACCCUCGGCUUCCACAGAAGAGCAAAGCAAAACAAAACAAAACAAACCUGCAAAAUGACUGCCUCAGCCAGAGUUUCAGUUGCUGUGAAGAAAUGCCGUGACCAAGGCAACUUUUAUGACAGACAACAUUUAAUUGGGCCUGGCUUACAGGUUCAGAGGUUCGGUCCAUUAUCAUCAUGGCAGAAAGCAUGGCGGCUUGCAGGCAGACACCUCCAGGUUGGAGGAGUUCUACAUCUUGCUAGGAAAGGAAGCCAGAAGGAGACUAUGCCACACUGGGUGGAGCUUGGGCAUAGGAAACAUCAAAGCCCACCCCCGCGGUGACACAGUUCCUCCAACGAGGCCACACCUCCGGAGGGUGCACUCCCAUGGGCUCAGCAUAUCCACACCACCACAGUGACAGACUGCAUUGAGAAUCUUGAGCGACACAGAGGUAACCACGGCAUCGUGGGGUCAGAUCAGGACUGAAUCUCCACUCUGCACCUUCCUCCACUGUGGAGCCCAGAGCAGCUUUCCUCUCCCCGGGCCUCAGCUUCUCCAUUCUUUUGUCCAUGAGACUGUGAAGGAACUGCACCUCAGGGAAAUGGUGAACUUGCAAUAUCAUAUGCUUGAGAGACUCAGAGCUGUGCCCAGAGCUUGCUAAGAGCUCAGGAAAUAUCAGGGGUUAUUGUUACUGAGGCUGAGGAAAGAAAGCCUCACUCAGAAUCUCAGAGAUUCCUGGUCCUAGGCAGGAGUCAGAAAACGGCGGUCUGACAAGCAUCUGAUAAUUUCCUAAUUCCACAGAGGGUCAGGGCUGGGCUGUCACUCACUGGUAGGGAACCUUCCUAGCAUGGGUAAGACCUUGGGGAGGCCGAUAGACCUUUACAUGCAUACAGGCUUUUGUCUUCAGAGAGUCUUCAUGUGAGAUGCUCCUGAGGAAGGCAGGCCUUAGAGCAAGGCCUUGUCUUACAAAGUAGAAACAUUUUCUUCCUAAAAUUUAUUUAUUACCAGUUUCUGUGUGCAUGCACGUCGUGGUUCUGAGAUUGAACUGAGGUCCCCAGGCUUACAUGGCAAACACCUUCACCUACCGAUCCAUCUCACUGGCCCAGAGAGGUUUUCUUUGGCUAAGAGAUGGGCUGCCAACCCUAAGAGGGUUUGUUAUUUAAAGUAAAUAGCACGGUACUCUGUUCUCCUUGCAAGGAUAUAGAAUAAAUUGAUUUCCAGGGCAGGUUUUUCAACUAAGUGCUAAGCUCCCUCACACCGCCCUCUGUUAAGUCCCAGGGAGGCGCGAGUAGCUCAUGAAAGUUUUAUGUUUGCCCACUGCCAGCUUAAUAUAGUUGGGCUUGGCAGGUUUUAGUAGAGUGCUCGAGUUAGUAACUGGCUAAGGCGUGACUCUCCCAGCACCUCUUCAGCCAGCCAAACAUUUGAGAACAUCCUAGAAGAUGUCCCAGGGGGACGCAGAGGAUGCUGGAGGCCCAGAUCAGGAAAGGGCUUUCCAGCCUGCUUCUGGUCUCAGCGUUCUGACCUUGAAGGCAGUAGCUUGUUUCUCUCCUUGCUUGGGAAUGGGAUAAGAGGAAAGGUGGCCACCCAUGCUCCUGCUUCUUAGCCAUGGAAUAUGGGAAACAACAGCUGGUAUUUCAUCAGGGUUUCCUUCGUCUUUUCUUGCGUCUCGUUUGAUUUGGGGGUUUUGCUAUGUAGCUCCGAAUGGCCUGGAACUCACCAUGCAAUCUAGAGUGGCCCUAGACUCACCGAAAUCCUUCUGCCUCAGCACCACCAGUGCUAGGAUUACAGUGUGCCCAACCACCCUCGGCUACCAUAGUUCCUUUUUACUUCCUUCUCACACCAACCUGUCUUCUUCCUAAAGGCUGUGCAGUCAUGGCCUUCUGGCUGUGAGCUAGCUUUGUGCUAUGGCUUGGACCAUGAGGCUUAGGAGAGAAAAACACCACAGACUUUUCAACCUUCCUACCACUGUGACCCUUUACUAAGCUUCCUCCUGCUGUGAUGGCACAUAGUGAAAAGUAUUUUCACUGUUACUUUGUAACCGUGAUUUUGCUACUGUUACGAGUCCUCAUGUAAAUAUCUGUGUUUUCCCAUGGUCUUAGGAGACGCCUGGGAAAGGGUUGUUCAGUGAGAACUGAUGCUGCAGAUGCUCCUCACCAGGCUUUGGCGAUUUCCUUGUUGUCCUUUUCCUCAGAAUCCCCAGAAGGUCUCUAGUGGUACCCACAAGUUUAUUUCUGGGACUUGGAGGUGCAUUUGAGGAAAUGUGUACACUGAGAUAAAAAACGUGGUCUGGGAGGCAAGGGACUGUGGGACCAGGGACAUUCUCAGGAUGUGACACAUCCAGAAAUGCUGGUGGGGUUCAGGUAGGAGUGACGUCUUCAUUUCUGGGCAGGGCAGAGUGACUGGAAUGCCUGCAGCGUGGACACCUAAUGUCAGCUGCAUCUAAGGGAUGGAGCCUCAGUUCCUACUUUUGGAGAGUGGACUGUGUUUUGGAAAUGAGGCUCCUAGGAACCAAAGCCUCAGCUGCAGCCAAGCCUUCAGUUGGACUCAGCCAGAGUUCAGACCUAGACCCCCUAAGCAGAGUAGUAGGGGAAGCAGCCCCCAAAUCUCGAGCCGCAGAGGCCUCGAGAUAGCAACUGAUUCUUGUUUCAGAUCAGUGUUUGUGGAAGGCCACAUUAGGUAGCAGGAGAUCACUAUAGACAGGAAGCUAAUUUUCAAGUGACAUUUGGAGCAAUGGUCAUUACAUGUUAAUUUCCACCCCAUUCACCCAGACAUUUAGAAGGUCACUAGCCAGCUAAAGUUCUUGAAAUGCUGUGAACCUUAGUUUCUUCCUCUGUAAAAUAGGUGUAAUAGCAGAUCUCUGGGUUCAUAUGGAUACCUUGUCCACAGUAGGGUGCUCCAUAAAUGUCAGUAACACAGUAUCAACUUUGGCAGGUGUAGUGGCGCACACCUUUAAUCCCAGCUCUUGGGAGGCAGAGGCAGACAGAUCUCUGUGAGUUCAUGGCCAGCCUGGACUACAGAGUGAGUUCCAGGACAGCCAGGGCCACAUGGUGAGACCUGUCUCAAAAAAUACAUUAUAUAUACAUAUACAUCAUAUGCAUCAUACACAUAUACAUUGUAUUUCCUGCAACAGGAUCUUACUGUAUAUGUACAUGUAUGUGUGUGUAUGUAUACCCAUACAUGUAUAUAUGUACACAUAUGUUUACAUACAUGUAUGCACACACAAACACACACAUAUGUAUAACUUUGUAUAUAUUCAGACUUCAUGGUUCUUGGCUUCUCUCCCCGUCCUCCAGCCCUUUCUUUUCUUGCUUCCUCAGACACCUGUCACACAAGCAUAGGGCUCUUCUGCCCUCAGGGCCCUGUACAGAGAUGGAUCUCCUCACCACCUUCUGCACUCAUAACAAGCUCUAAAGAAGAGGGGAAUCUUCCGGUCUCUGUUUCCAUAGCACCUGACACCAAACGAACGAGAGAAUGAGCUGCUUCUGGGGUGUUUGCACAUAAGCCGUCAUUGCCGCCGCAGUGUAAUGCAUGACAUUAAAGGACUGGCUCUUGUCUCCAGCCACACAUGGGUGACAUUCAGAAACGAAAGAUCGUGACGGGGUCUGCUUACUUCCGCCUCUGCCUGUCUGCCACAGAAAACCGGCUACGGUAGAUAGUUGUUCUUGCCUGUAUGUUUUCCUCAUGCAUAGGGCCCUCUUAAAAGAAUAGUUGGGAUUGGGGCUGGGGAUUUAGCUCAGUGGUAGAGCGCUUACCUAGGAAGCGCAAGGCCCUGGGUUCGGUCCCCAGCUCCGAAAAAAAAAGAACCAAAAAAAAAAAAAAAAAAAAAGAAUAGUUGGGAUCUAGGUGACAGUUGGAGAUUCAUUAAUGUUAAAUUAUGAUUCACGUUAUUUCCCAGAACACAAACCCUCAGAAGUCAUCGAGUGUUUUCCCUGUGGUGCUGCAAGCACAGCAGAAAGACAGUGAACGAGACUCAUCUGAGUUAUGCCCAAAUCUAGAUUUCAGGAUUUAUGAGCUGUGUAUCUGCCCAGCUGUGACCCCAGCUGUUGGUUCCACCCCAUAGGAUGACAAUGAAGACUAGCAGAGAACACACACACACACACACACACACACACACACACACACACACUUACUCACAUGCACACACACACUCAGACACAGACACACACUCACACUCACACACACUCACACACACAGACACACACACUUACUCACAUGCACACACACACACUCAGACACAGACACACACUCACACUCACACUCACACACACACUCACACACACUCACACACACACUCACACACACACACAGCGGGGGGCCAGGAAUCUCAGCCUUCAUCCUGCCUUUGCUGUCUGCCUGUUCACCAGAUGGACAAUAGGUAUUCCUCAUCUGUCAAGUGAAAACGCUCCCAGGACCACACCCACAAACAAGGAGCCGUUCCAUCCUCGAGGGAUCCCUGAGGGCUGACAGGUUGAAGUCUGUGUGCUGGUGACCCGGGAACAAGCAUCUCUCCCGUGGUUAAACUCUGACCAUGGAUUCUGGGUCAGCUCCCUCUGGUGACUGGCAGAUCCGGCGUCUCAGAUUGUCCAGUGUGUCAUUUACUCUUGGAUUUGCUUUGCCAAGGGAAAUCUGAGGACUUGUUAUUCUGCUGUUAAAACAUUAAUUAGUUGCACUUGCAGCGGCAAACAUCAUGUAAGCCCAAAUUAGUACUUUUAAUACCUCCUCUGCUGAUGCUGCGUGGGAGGAGAGCCAAAUCCGGCUGGACAUGCACUUAGGGCUCCCCACCGAAUAGCGACUGGAUGUUGAGUUCAUCACAUCCUGCAUCUCACUAGGCAGAAGGCACUGUCUCCGUGGAAGGAGCAUCAACUGGACCGGAGAGCCCUAGAUACUGGAAGAGCGAGCUUGCCCAUGUGACUCAAUGACUUUCCUUGGACCUCUUGAUAAAAACCACCCAGUGCUUCUGCCACACAGCACCGUGCAGGCCAUCACGCUGCCUGUCAAUAAAUAGCAUUGCAAAGGUGUGGAGGACAGUGUGCGGAAAUGUGCACUCCAACGGAAGAGAUGCAUCACGAAGAGAAAGUUACAACCCAGAAUUACAGAUCUUUAAAGGCAUGGGCGUCCGGUGCUUGCAACGGAAGAACGGGACACUCGUUCUUAAAUGCUGGUGUGCUGGAGCAUUGACCUCUUGCUGUACAGAGCAGUUGGCUGUAGUUAUGAGGACUCCAAUUUGUUUGCAUUUGCAGAACAAUGCCACUUAUAGGAUGCCAUCUGGAUGAUGUAGUAAUGACAAUAUGGGCAAGCACAGCAGAUUGCUAUCUUUCCAUAAUAGCUGAGGACAAAAUGAAAUAUCUUUUAACAAGAGAGCAGCUACUGACAGCCUUGUUCAGCUCUGCGGUGGCAUACCGUAGGAAACCUUGAAAGGAUGUGUUUUGGAAGAGGUACUGAUGCCCGUACGAUGUUCAUGCCACCUGGUUGGAUGAAAAGCGUGGGUCACAAAUCAAUAAAAAUAGAAUGGCUCCAAUUUUGCAUGAUAAAUAUUUGCAUAAAAGCAAUUUGGCAGCUGCUGUCUCUAGAUUAUUUUCAUCUUUGGUUUGUAUCAUUUGCGGGUUUCCAACUUUUCCGCAAAGAGGCUGUGCUGUCUUCGUAGUUCCAAAGAGCCAUGAACUCAGAUAAGGGCCUUGCCCAGGUGUUUGGGGAGACUGAGGCCAGAGCUUGGGUAGAAAUGUGCUGUGAGGGGCACACUUCCUCCGACUCAACCAUGGUCCAUGCUGGGGGCUAGGCAGAGGAAGGAGGAGCUUCUGCCCCUCACAAAUGAGAGACCAUUGCCAUGGAACUGAUGCUGUGUAGCAAGGGAAGACACAGACAGAACUGAGAGGAGUAACAAACACUAUGGAGACCUUAACCCGGGUGUUUCGCCGUGAGCAGCUGAGUUAGAGGGAAGUUUGGGCAGCCAGGAUGUUGUCUGCAGAGUUCACAACUACGGAAAUAACAUGUGGAAGAGGAAGUGUGUGCAAAGUCUCGAAGGUAGGAAAAAGCUUGGAGAUUUAUUUUGUUCUGUUUGAGGCAGAGUCUUGUCACAUAACCCAGGCUAGCCUCAACUUCAUGGCAGUUCUCCUGAACGAUGGUUUGCAGGUCUAUGUCACCUCCCGAGGGAGGUAAGCUUCUUUCUGGGUCAGGUGACUAACCCCAGAUUUCCCCUCUCAGCGCUGAAGAAUUCUGAGUCCUAAGGUUCUGUGCCUCUCUUGAGGUGUCCCUACAGCUUCGUAAAUAAACCCUUUAUUAAUCUCACCUCCAAUUUGCAAUUCAGGUUUACCAUUCAUGUCAAACAGGAGCUCUGUCUGAAAAUCCACCAUUUGUCCUAGUGGCUUAGGAUGGUCUGCCCACUGAACAGGAGACCGGGGACUGAUCCUCCAGGAGCUGGUGUGCCAGAGCCCUGUCACAGGUUCAAGUGGUGUCAUUGAGGGUUGUGGGUAGAAGGCUUUCUGGGAGGACCUCAAGAACUCUGGCUCCAGAUAAGGUCUAGGGAAGUCGAUGACAUGAAGACAUCAACGUAGUGGUGGCUUCUAAUGUCCUCAAAUGCAGAACAAAUUCCCUUGGUGGGAGGAUGUUCUUCCCAACAUCCUUGGGGUCUAGGAAUGUGCCUCAGGCUCCCUCAGACCUUGAAAGGUACCUACUAGAUCCUAAACUAGAGGAGAUAAAGCUUUUGCAUGUGCUUUGGAACCAGGGAACAUGCUAGACAAUGGUAGAACAGUACAGCAUUAGGGGCAUGGACUGCAGUGGUGGGAAGUCCUAGGUUCAAAUCCUACCUCAGCCACUUUGCUGACUGGCUUUAUGUCAACUUGACAUGAGCUAGAGAAGAGGAAGCCUCAAUGGAGAAAAUGCCUUCAUAAGAUCAGGCUGUAGGUAAGCCUCUAGGGCAUUUUCUUAAUUAAUGAUCGGUACAUGAAGGCCCAGCCCAUUGUGGGCAGGGCCACCGUAGGGCUGGUGGUCUGGGUUCUAUAAGAAAGCAGGUUGAGCAAGCCAUGAGGAGCAAGUCAGGAUGGAGUACCAAUCCAUGACCUCUGCAUCAACUCCUGCCUCCAGGAGCUGUCCUGUUUGAAUUACAGGCCUGAUGUCCUAUAAUUUAAUAAUGGACAGAGGUGAUGGAAUAUAAGCCAGACAAACCCUUUCCUCCUGAAAUUGCUUCAGUCACAGUGUUGGCAACAGUAUCCCGCACUAAAAUAACCAGCUUCAAGCUACUUCCUAACCCCACGCCAUUCCAUUCUCUAAUAAAAUGAUAACUUGUGUAAUAGCAUCCCUCCCCUGGUGUGUUAUAAACUGAUAUAAUGUGUCAAUAUAAUGUAUGGUGUCUGAAACAGUGUGAGAUAAUUAUUGACGCUGGAACACCAAAAGGAUUAGUGGGUACAAUAAGGAUUUGUCAUCAAAAUUUCAGGCAUGAUAAUAGUUACACGAUUACGCUUUUUAAAACGAGUCCGUGUGUCUUCGAGAUACCUAGUUAUCCACUUGUGGAUUUGCUUCAGAAUCCCCUGCGGGGAGGAAGGUAACGGCUGAGAGUACAACAGUGAGCCAGUCAUUAUUAAAGCUGGGUGAUAGUUACAUGGGGAUUUGUUUCGAGCAGUCUCUUUGUGAUGCUUGACUUUUUCAUAAAACGGAGUUUGAAGUUUCCACACUGGGCAGUGUUUCCUGGGAGCCGAGGCCACAGUAAACACCUUGCAAGUCACCUUGUUUCUUUUUUUUUUUUUUUUUUUGGAGCUGGGGACCGAACCCAGGGCCUUGCGCUUGCUAGGCAAGUGCUCUACCACUGAGCUAAAUCCCCAACCCCGUCACCUUGUUUCUUAAGAAGCUAAUAGGCUCAUGCACCUUUCCUGUGUGGUGGCCACUGUGUCACCUUGAGGAAUGGGAAGCCCUGCUCCUUUCCUGGUGACCAGUACACCCAGCCACCUGCUCUUGGCGAGUGGUGGGUGUUCUGUCGUCAUGGCAACAGGGUCCACUACGUAGUGGCCUUGAGACUACUGGUGCUUUCUCAGAUCAUGUCUGUUACAGAGGGAAAUUCACUGGGCAGCAUAGUUUCCUUUCAGUUCCAGAGUGUCCAAGUCCGUGAUGAUGGGGACAGCAUGGUGGCAGUCAGGCGUGAUGGCGGGAGGACCUAACUGAGGGCUCACCUCUUGAACCUCAAAUAUGAAGCAGAGAGAACAAACUCCAACAGAACCAUCACACAUGGCCAUCUGAGACUUCAAGGCGGCCGAGAAGAGUAUAUUGAACAAGGCAUAUUAGCAUUCUGAAUAAACUUGGGAUGAUGUUGAGAAAAGAAGGAGUGAAGGUAGAACGCCAUGACAUGAAUACCCUCAGCCUGCCCCUGAAUAUCCGCCGAGGAGGGUCAGACACCAACCUCAACUUCGACGUCCCAGAUGGUAUCCUGGAUUUCCACAAGGUCAAACUCAGCGCAGACAGCCUGAGACAGAAAAUCUUAAAGGUGACGGAGCAGAUAAAAAUCGAGCAGACGUCCCGAGAUGGGAACGUUGCCGAGUAUCUGAAACUGGUCAGCAGUGCUGACAAGCAGCAGGCCGGGCGCAUCAAGCAGGUCUUUGAGAAGAAGAACCAGAAGUCAGCCCACUCCAUCGCCCAGCUGCAGAAGAAGUUGGAGCAGUAUCACAGGAAACUCAGGGAGAUUGAACAGAAUGGAGCGACCAGAAGCUCGAAGGACAUUUCUAAAGACAGCCUGAAGGAAAUACAACACUCUCUGAAGGAUGCCCACGUGAAAUCUCGAACUGCUCCCCACUGCCUAGAGAGCAGUAAGUCGAGCAUGCCAGGGGUAUCCCUCACGCCCCCCGUGUUUGUCUUCAAUAAGUCCAGAGAGUUUGCCAACUUGAUCCGGAAUAAGUUUGGCAGUGCAGACAACAUCGCUCACUUGAAGAAUUCCCUAGAAGAGUUCAGGCCCGAAGCCAGCCCCAGGGCUUACGGCGGAAGCGCUACCAUCGUGAACAAGCCCAAGUACGGCAGCGAUGACGAGUGUUCUAGUGGUACAUCCGGCUCAGCUGACAGCAAUGGGAACCAGUCCUUUGGGGCUGGUGGAGCCAGCACCCUGGACAGCCAGGGAAAACUUGCCAUAAUCCUAGAGGAACUGAGGGAGAUCAAGGUUACCCAAGCCCAGCUGGCAGAGGACAUCGAGGCGUUGAAGGUGCAGUUUAAGAGAGAAUAUGGCUUUAUCUCUCAGACUCUGCAAGAGGAGAGGUACAGGUAUGAGCGACUUGAAGACCAGCUCCAUGACCUGACAGAGCUGCACCAGCAUGAGACAGCUAACCUGAAGCAGGAGCUAGCCAGCGCCGAGGAGAAGGUGGCCUACCAGGCCUAUGAGCGCUCAAGGGACAUCCAGGAAGCCUUGGAGUCCUGCCAGACACGAAUCUCCAAGCUGGAGCUGCAUCAACAGGAGCAGCAGACCCUGCAGACAGAUGCCGUGAAUGCCAAGGUCCUGCUGGGGAAGUGCAUCAACGUGGUCCUGGCCUUCAUGACUGUCAUCCUGGUAUGCGUGUCCACCCUGGCCAAGUUCGUCUCGCCCAUGAUGAAGAGUCGCUCCCACAUCCUGGGCACCUUCUUUGCUGUGACUCUUCUCGCAAUAUUCUGUAAAAACUGGGACCACAUCUUGUGUGCUAUAGAAAGGAUAAUCAUCCCGAGAUGAGCCACCGGCUCCCACCUUCACAUCCUUCCAAGUUUUUAUUUUGAAGAAAACUCUGUGCAUACAUACUACCAAAAUUUCUGAAUGAACGGCUGUGCCAAAGACGGCGAGAAGGACCCAGAGCUGUGUGGUGUAAAUACGUAGAGUCUCUUAACCCAGUAGCAGUUGCCAACACAGUCCCUGUAUGUGGUUCACGUGAAACUGUCCCAGAGUCCUCCUCACAUGGCUCACUGCCUUAAUCAGAGCAGAUCUCCAGCCCACUGUCGAGCUCGGUAUGGUAAAGCCCUGCUGAUUGAGCGCCAUGACUGCUCACAGCCGUGUUCUGAGUUCCCCUGGUCAGCAAGAAUAUGGUAGGAUUUGGGGGAAGUGAGCAAACACAGGUACUUGGCAGGGUUGAGCUCCUGGGGGCCUAUAGAAGCUCAGUGAGUCUCUCUGUGAUCUACCCCACUUGUCCACAGGUGGCUCUGUGUCCUACUGUGUACCCAGCGUUCACAGCGGUCAAUGGUGUGUGUCCUCAUAACAUGGAAAUCUUCUACCUGCUCAUCCAGCGAAAGUCUGCCCGACUAGUAGCAUUGCACUUUACAAGGUAGACACUAGGAUUUACAGCCGGGCUCAUGCCCAGGGCACCGCACACCUGAUUUCAUCUUGCGUGCUUAGCAGUGCUCUGCCCUCAGAGUGUGUGGCUGAGCUGUUGUCAAACUGUAGCUUCGGUAACUCGGGGUCCUUGUGAGCGUCCCUGGGGAGGGCCAUGCUCUGGCAACUGUUAACUGUGAUAAAUGCCCUUAGAGGAUGGGAUGCACUUUAUGUGAAUCACUUUACUCACAGGUCUGUGGGGAUCGGAUUGCAAAGCUUGCUCAGGAAAUGAAAAUGAAUGGCGUUCUUGUUGCCCGGUUUUCUUUUUCUCAGAGACAGCAAAAUCAAACUUCAUAAAGCUUCUGUGCACGAGGCAGGACACUGGAGGCCUAAGAGGGAUGUGAACUUUUAGGUCUAAUCAAAUGGUGGCUAGAUUAGUGAGAGCCCUUUACCCAGAUGAGAGCAGGAAAGGUCCCCUUAGGGACGUGAAAGGCAGCAGGAAUAAAAUUAAGUCCUGCGCUGGAACUGAGCUCCUGCUGUCUCUUAAGGCUCAGACAAGCCCUGAGCUCACAGGAUAAACGCACCAACAGUGAGCAGAAAGAGUACAAGAGCUGCUGUGUUUUAUUUGAUGGCUGCCAUUAUACUGACAAACCUAGUUUUCUGUGUACACUACCAAGAGGAGAGAGAUUUCAUUGGAUGCUGUCAGCCAGCCAGCCAGGACUCUGGUCCUCCCACCCCACCUGCUGAAGGUGUAAAAAUACUCUUAAAUACUUCCAGAAGAACCUCUCUUGGAUUUAAGGAUCCUCACUUAGGGGCAUUCCCUGGGGGGGCGGGGCGUUGGGGGUGGCAGCAUGUAGCAAUUUAGUACAAGUCCAGGUUAUAUGAGUGGGACCCACACAGCUCCAACCUUUGCCCCUCCCCCAUUCCCAACUUCCAAGUCAAUAAUUCGGCAAAUUCAGUAAAUUCAGUAAUUUUAGUAAAUUAAGUAUUUAACCAUCACCCCUAACCAAUUUCAGAGCCACACUUUUCAAAAAAUAAUAAAUAGAACUUUAUGAAAUACAAAGGAUUUUGAAAUCAGGGACGGGGGAAUCCCCAGCCCCUCUCCUACCCACGGCAUUGUCCCCACACAGGAGACAGAGGUUUCUAAUCCAAGAAAGGGAGAGCCAUGAUCUUCCCUUAUUCGUGUACUUUAAUGGCCUGCUCCCUUACCUGUGGCACCAGACUCCAUCUGCCUGCACCCGGAAACAAGCUGGGCCCUGCUGACCUCCCGUUCCUAUUUGUAAAUAUUUCCACGUGGCACUUAGAGCGUGCCGGGGGGCCUGGGAUACCCAUGAAUGCUGCUAUCGGGGUUUCAGGAUAAGUUUGAAUACAGCCUUAGAGGCUUAGCUAGGGCUCUGGGAGAACCCACAAAGGGGUUCUGUUCUCAUGUCAGCACCCGCCCCACCCCCACACAGCCUAACAGGACGGCUCUCGAUUGACACUUGUCAGACCUACAAGCUGUGUUUCUUCUUCCUGAUGAGAAAACCCAAAACAGCACACUCAACACCCUCCAGACCGAGCUUUGGACAGAAUCUGUUAGAGACCAGCACCAUUGUGAACUAGUCGGGGUGGGGGCAUCCAAGUCAUCAUAGGUUCCUCCUAAAGAACUUAGAUUCCCACCGACUCCCAUUAAAUGUCAAAUCACCUUCUUGGCCUGCGUACAUGCAGCUCAUGUGGCAUAGUUGUUCCGGUCUUAUGGAAAAUUUGUGAGACUUUUUAUUUUUUUAAAUAAGAUUGUAUAGUUCAAGGAGACUUUGAUUCCUCCGUUCUUUAUUCUCUCAAGGGCUAUGACCCCUCUCUCGCUCUCUUGAACACAUAACUUACACACUGAAGAAAUGAAUUAUAUAAAUACACAAUUAGAGGUAGCAAUGGAGCUGCGAGGUGCCCUGGAAUUGGAAUAGAUUUGUAAUCGAGUCAGCCCAUCUUGUUUUGCCCUUUACGUUGGGGGUAUUCCUCGUGUUGGGGGCUAGUUACAGAUGUGUGAGCAUGUUCCCUGCUAGCUUAGGAACACUGGUGAGGGAUUCUAGAUGCUGGACUUUGGAUCUCUAGUGACGAUAUCAUGCUCAAUCAUCAGAAGAGUGAUUACAGAGGCCAGAACAGAACGCUAAGAUACUAAGAAUAAUAAAUAUUAAAAAGGAAAAAGCAGCCGCUCACAGUGAAACAAGCGGUGACUUCAAGUGCUCUCUCUGAUUUGGACUAUGAAGGCAGGAUUCCCCAUUACAAGCUCCUGGCUUGUGACUUAGUUUUCCGGUGUUCUUGUCUUGUCUCCUGGCGUUCAUUCACAUACUCUGUAGCUCUUGACUUUCUUUAAGCAUCUUUAAGAAGUGCCUGGCCACUUCUCUAACACAGGGUGGAGCUGUGGUGAGGGAGCUUGUCCUCCCGGCCCCCCUCCCUGCCACCCAGCAACUAAUUACUUGGUUCUUUUGGGUUGAAUUUUAAAUACCAAAUUACUUUUGUGUUGAAUGGCAAUGUUAUCGUGGUGGUGUUGUUAAUGUUUUGUUCAGCUGUCCAAUCCAGACCUAAUUGUCUGGGUUUUGAAGAAACACAUGUACUCACUGAUAAGGAGGUGUAUGAUUAAACAACACAUUUUGCAUGUUUUCUUAAUUCUGACCUUGGGCUGGGGCAUGAAUAUGGGCUUAUUUGGAGAGAUGGUUCAAUGUUAGCAGGUAACUUUUAAGGUGUCUAAAAAAAGACAAAUCACAGAAAACAAUUAGAUUGGCCUAUUUGUAUCAAAAAUACAGAGCUUUAAAAACGUGUCAUAAUGGGAACUGGGUAACUUGUUAGAAAUAAAGCCAAAAUAUAAUUUUCUGUCAUGGAUAUAAUCCUGUGCGUAAAGAGUCUGGAAGUGAGGUGGAACACCUGGGGUGUCUGAGGGUGGUUUACAUGUUGCUGUUCUCAUAUAUUUAAAGCAUGUCUGCCAUGUUUGUUCUAAAAGAAACAUUUCAACUAAACGUACCAUGUGUUUGUUUCAGAUGCGCUGGGGCAAUAGCAGCAAUUCUGACUGGACCGUCAGGAGUGCUAAUUGUAACUUCUGUUGCAGAAUUCUUGUGGGCUGCUACAUAGUUUUGUAUCUGCCUAAAGUUGUAAUUUCUCUGUAGAUCUUCCCCAUAGCGGUGUCGUCAAGGAAUUCAAAGCAGGUGCCAUUAUUUUUUAAAUAAUUGAUGUUUGCUUUGGUGUUAAAUAAAAGAACUAGAUUUCUUAAAUUUU